AUGCACUACAACGGCCGAAGCAAUUUCAAGGAAAUGGCUGCCACGGGUUACCCGCAGUCCGGAGAGAUCCGGUGGGAUUACUUUAAGGGCGACAAGUUAAAAGACGCUCAAUUGUUCCGAAUACAAAUGCUUUCUUGGACGGCGGAUUGCUGCAGGGUUUUGGCCGAAGGUGAGGAAUAUUCCGAGGCCGCCGAUACCCAAGAGAGCCGCCUCGAAGUGCCUCUGUCACAGGGGAAACAGGCUGCCUGCCAAAUUGUUCCACCGGACAAGGCCCAUCCAGACUUCCAAGUGGUUCCUUAUCCAAUGGACAUUCCUGCCAAAUUGCCAGACCAAAUUGUCAAGGUUCUGGAGCUUUGUCCAUUGUGUGGCCAACCUAACAGGAAAUCAUCAAAAGAGAACCAAAAAUUGCACCUGCUGCAGAGCCAUGCGCAGUGCAUAUUUUCUCGUCCUGUCGGCAUGGCACUCGCCAAGUACGAGGAAGUCCUUUACACUAGGGUCCAGGAGGUCAUCUCCUUCUGCAACGUCCUGUGGCAGUCCCACCUACUGCCCGUGCACCUGGCCCUGUUCAUUGGCUGAGCGAUAGCGAAGCCUGUUACUCCAGUGGGGUUGAAAAAUUUUUCCUGUCUGUCUGUCU